AUGGGGCUAGAUUGUGGAAUGAGGUGCCUGAAGUUUAUGUUGUGCGUUUUUAACCUCGUAUUUUGGGUAAGUGCGGAGUUUAAUCCAGUUUUAGGGGAUUGAUUUUCGCAGCUAACUUUUCAUGUACGUAACACCGUUUUGUCUUCAUUUUCUUAGGAGAACAAAAACAUCAUGGAUUCAGCUUUUUGAUCGCUGUGUGUGGCUUUGACCGCUCAUUAAUGUUUAAGCUCUGUGUCACUUCUAUAACUCAAAUUUAUUACUAGAAAAACAAAUUUUUGCUUUACUGACCCAGAUAAUAUUUUUACAGCCGCUUUUAAUAAAUCACCAAUUCGCCAACAAUCUACCAAAAAAAAAUUUGAAAAUUUGACAGGCCUUUUUCGGGAUAUUAAGGCAACAUUAUACUCUUCACUUGUUACUGGUAAAACUGAGUAAAUUAUAUAAGUUACAUUUUAUUUCGCAUUUUACUGCUUUCUCCCCCUAUUUUUAAUAUAACAAGAUAGAUGAAUAAGUUGUUACAAUAGCUAAACCUUGUUUUAACUUUCUUGUCACCUACUUUAUACCUUCGAAAAGAAGCUGUAGUUAGUUUUUUCUCUUGAUUUACCUGAGUGAUUCCUUCGGAGGAAAUUUAUGAAGCAAUUUUCGGCUUAAAGAACAUAUUAUAUUCACUUUCCUUGUAAUUCAUUAGCUUAUAUCGCCCUUGAAAAUUUUCAUCUUUAUUCAAGAUAACUUCUUCGCGUAAAAUAAUCUUGAUUUAUUGUUCAGUUGCCAAACGCGACUAUCCUGAAUCCGCCAUAUUUGUUGACGUUGCUUUCCCCCCCCACAAAAGCUCAUUUUUUUCAUUUCCGGUCAAAUAAAACAAAGAAGAAACAUCUUCAUUUUGACUUGCGAUUUCUUAGCCUCAUCAUAAAACCUUUUGUAGAUACUUCUUCCCCGCAAAACCGAGCGAUUCAGUUCCCGUUUGACAGUUUUUGAUGGUAACAUACAUCCGCUUCGCAAAGGGAAAAUUGGGGUUUCAACGAUAUAUAUGGUGCAAAAUCCAGAAAAAAUAUUAAUGAAAUUUAGACGUUAAUUUACCGAAUAAGGUCCGCAAAAGAUUGUCAUUCUUAAAUCUUAAUGGUCAGGUGGAGGAUAUAAAUACAUGACAUCUAUAAAAUAGAUCGACAAGAAGAGUGUUCAUAUAAGCAACAUGUUCAUUGUUAGUUAGUAAGCUACUUGUCCUGUAUAUGGCUCAUUUAAUUAUCGGUACUUAGUAACCAGGGCAGCAUCAUAAAUCAACAAAAAUGCCAACUGCAAUUAAACCAGAGCAAAUCUUUUGUUUUCAUUGAUCUCAAACCGACUACAGCAAUGGUUUCUUCACAGAACUACCUUCGUACUAAUUUCCCUACGUGAGAGAUUCAGUAAUUUAAGCUGCAAGGACCUCGUUAAUGUAUAUUCUUUACCCUUCUGAAUCGAAUUGAGAGGGUUUUUGGUUAAAAAAUAUCACUCUCAUUAAUUUUCUUUAAUUUAUAUUAUUGUUUCGUUAUUGCAGAACUUAUGAGCAGCAAAAUACAUAAAAAUAUUUAUUAAGUUACGCUCAGUUUAGUGUUAAAGAGGUUUUUCGGCGCCUGAUCGAUUCGCUUGUAUUUAUUUGAUCAGCGACACCGAAAGAUAACAAGUGUAUAAUACGUAUUCUAUCUUUAUUUCCUGUUUUCAAGGAGGAAUACUGAACUUUAUAAAACCUAGUUUGUCGGAUUAAGGGCCAUGGAUUAUUAUACAUCUCUGAUUUAUCCAGAAAGUAUUCAUUACACACAUUUUGAGCUAAAAUUAUAAUCACUGAUAAAAAAAAAUCGGUUAUCACCUCUAAUACAAUUUAAUGUAUUUUCAUAGCUCAGCGACAUAAUUUUCACUAUUCAAUAAAUAGGUUCUGUAAGAAUGAUUCUUGGCAAAGCGAACGUAACAAAAAACAUUUAGUAGUGAAUAAAAACAGGAGCCUACUGACCAAAAAUGAAUCGACAAAUCAAUGAAAUACAGUCCAGAGGAAUUAAAAGAAAAAGAAUUAUUCUUGUAAAUUUUGUAAUUUUCACAGGAAUUGCAAUGGAAAUUGUCAGAAAUGUGUAAUACAGUGCGAAUAAAGUUUUUGUCCUCUAAAAGUAUUGCUUCUUGGAGGUCAAAUGCGCUUUAUUUUCACUCAAUCAUACACAACGAGCAAUGGUAAGCGGAACGUUUGCAGGGGGAUUCUAGAUCUGAAAAGAGAACUGUAAAGUUUGUUAAUUGGCAAACUACCUGAAAAUAUAAGAUUUGUUAGGACUUCACAAUGCGGUUUUGUUAAAAAAAACCGACUUUUAGUUCGACCAAUUAACAUUAUCUAUGAAGGGGUUUUGAAAAGAAAAAAUGUGCGCUAAGUCGGUGGCAUGGGUGCCGGAUGAAAUACAAAAAUUUGGUCUUCACUCAGAAAAAUUUAUUAGCGGACGUUUUCGAAGAGCUAGCCGAAAAAAGACUCCCUGGAAAAAAAUAAGCAUUGUUCAGUUCACAUCUCAUUUUAGACACCGACAAAAAUAAAGCGAUACUAAAGCAAGCCCGUGUUCACUUUUCACACGAAGUGUACGAUACAUGACGAUAUAUGUUGAUCGGGUCAUUUUCGUCUACAGGCCGCUGGUAUUGCAGUGAUGGCCGUGGGAAUCUUCGCACGAGUAAGCGCCGGUAAUUACUCUGCUCUUAUGGAUGAAGGUGGAUUCAAGACAGCAGCUAACAUCCUCAUAGCCGCGGGGGCACUGGUGAUGAUCAUUGGUGCUAUAGGGUGCUGUGGAGUGGUGAAGGAAAAGAAAUGGUUGCUUCUCCUGGUAAGUUGCGAUAUAGUAAAACUAGGCUUAAUACAGCGAUAAGGAAUUGCGGUUAAUGACCAACAACGCGCACGGUAAAAAAGCACCUUAGCUUGGCUUGGGAAUUUUUCCGCCUGGCGACGCCGGCUUAGGAAGUCUAAGCGCUGAAGAGUUUGAUCUCGUCACCCUGCGAACAGAGCCACCUUCAGUCUGUGUACAGACCCCCCCUCCCCUCAGUCUGUACACAGACUAAGCCUCCUUUUGUGCGUUUGCGAGAGGAGAAGAAAAGGGGGCUCUGUCUGUAUCCCGUCAAGCCUUUGAAGUCGCUAGGGCCCGUCAGCCCACGAGCGAGCAUCCGUUUAAUGAUAAAUCGAUGGUCAUAACUGAGCCCGCUUUACUAAGCGCAUGGCUAUUACGCCUGAGUUCGAACCCGUAUCCUAGUAACAUGAAGCGCUUGCUCAACAAGAUCUUACUCGAUUGAUUCAUGCAGAGUCUUUCUUAAAUUUGCCAAAAUCGAGCAAGUGAAUGAAAGGCUCUGACAGCAGGAUGGAUGGUGUCGUUCCAUUGUUGGCUAAUAAGGCGCAAGUCUCUCUCCAGUAUCAGGUACCAAUUCAUCCUGGAUCGUCGUCUUCUUGUGUGCCCUUGGGAGUCCACACUUGAAUGUCAGGUCUAGGGGGAGACAGUCACUUAGCAUGUCCCAUCCAGCUGAGCCCUCCUUUCCAAAUGGAGCUUGUCCCAGCAAAAAUUUCAAGCAGUCUCUGACUUCUGUCCUUUGUGACAAAAUGACGCGAUUUCAUAAUAAAAAAGGAGCUUAUAAAGACACUUCCAAUGGUAACCUAUUGCGCUCUCUUUUUCUCAUAAUAAAAACUUUAGUAUUCCUUCCUGGUACUGAUGAUUUUCAUUUUGGAGAUCGCUUCUGGUAUCAUGGCUUAUGUUCAGAGAGACAAGGUAAACACUUCAAUAUAAUUUCUACACCUUGCCCCAGUUGUUCAUACAAUGAUAGCGCUUUCCACCAGAUAAAUCACUAUCCAUCGGAUGAGCAUUAGGGAGACUAAAUGCGUUAUCCAUUGGAUAGCGCUAUCCAGCCUUUGAACGACCGAGACCUAGCCCGAGUUACCAAAAAAGGUGGAUAACACUAUCCAAUGGAUAUAUCUCUAUCUCUAUAUUGAAUCAUUACUGAGUACGACCACUGUUCACUAAUCAUUUCAUGCAAUGAUGCUUCCGUUAAGAUCUGAAUGAAGAAUUAUAACAAAGUUAUAUUGUGCCUACCACAUUACCAUUCGGCCUCUAUAUUUCAGGUAAUAGAUAAGAUAGAACACGCCGUGAACACGACUAUCACUGAAUACUAUGGACAGGCGGACAAAAACAAAUUUACAGAGGCUGUGGACAGGGCUCAACAAGAGGUAAGAGGAAGAGUCUUGAUAAAGUUAGCUGUAGAGAAAAGUCGAAAAAUUAUUCCAGCCUGAGAAAGAUGUUGUUUCAGUCAGUGACACAAGUGGCUCGGAAGAGCAAAUCCGAGUACUCGCAACAAGAGAUCAACCGAUGACCUUCUGGUUACUUGUCCCGAUGCUGUACCAGCUGAGCUACAAGAGACUUGUGGGAACAAAACAUCCUGCAUACUCUUAGGACUGGAUUUAACUACGCUACCUCGAGUGUCCACAACACACCCUCUGUAUCGUGAGGCCCGGCGGACACGGGAGGAGAGAGGGAGCCCUCCCCCCUCACUUGUUUCCGUUGCGAGCUCCGUUCCUCCUUGCACCAUAUUGCCUCUAAGCGCCUGCUAUGAAAGAAAUAUAAUCUUGAUAAAUUAAAAAUGCGCGCUGCUGAGAAAUGAAAAACUAACGUUAGUCUCAAACGAAGCUUCACAAACUACCUCAACCUCUCUGUCAGUGAAGAAAAAAUAACCUGAAUUCUGUUACCUUCUGAAUAGCAAUGCAUGAUUCAGUCAUCUGCAAGCGAAAUUAGUCUCAUUAUAAACUGAUAGUUGAGGAAAUAGGUUUUCUAAAAUACCUUUCUCUUCCAAUUCGUAGGUCUAAGCAGUUCAAGUUUUCUUACAAAACUUUCCUUUCGGAAUCUUUCUCGUAAAAGAAUUUCUUUUACGACACUAAUUCUAAGACGGCAAUGCUUGCAAACAUUUGUUUAGCUGAGUAAACGUUGGUGCACGUUACAACGCAACUGCAAAUAUGGCAAUCACAUGGGCACCCAACGGGAAAUUUUGAGAAAAAGACCCAAAAACAACAACAGAGCAUGAAUAAAGCUUUUUGAAGCCAUUUUAAGCAUUUUGAGAUGGAGAUUGCUGUGAAAAAUUUAUCUGUCCCUCACUCCCAGCAAGACUGAUGGAGAGUUCCCAGCCAGCAAAGUGCACCUACAACCUACAACCUGACUUACUGGGAAGCUUCCCAGCAGACGUAUGUCCAGACAUUACUGGCCAGUUUAGGUGUAGUCAUACGGAAAAAUUCAGCCCUUCAGUGGGGGUGGGGGUAGGGGGUCGAUAGGAAAUUGGGUGUGACCAAAGUGCGAAAUUCACCCAUACAGUGAGUGGGGUGGGGGGUUGAAGGGGAAAGAGGCUUCUGACAAAUAGCAAAUAGCAGCUAUUCUAGACACCAGAUCCCCUCACCAUCAUCAGGUCGAGCUAGCUCAGACAGCAACACUUUCCUUCCAAAAAUCAGCUUUGCACUAUUCAGUGUGUCUACUCAAGGACAUAUUGUUUUUUCCAAAUCUCCCAGCCUGCAAAAAUUUGUCUGAAGAACAGAUAUUUUGACGAACAGAUCCAUUGGGUACCCCUGCAAUCACUGUUGAUAAGUUCCAUUGUUUAAUUGGCUAGAUAAGAACAAAUUAUUUCAGGUUGGCUAAUGUCCGUUUUUUUUAUAGUUGAAGUGCUGUGGUGUAGCAAGCCCUUCCGACUGGAAAAAUUCCGAAUGGUACAAGAACACUGGACAAAAGGCAAACGAAGACUAUCCUGAGUCGUGUUGUAAGACAGAGGGUGACAAGUGCAGCGUGGGCAAGAAUCCAGAUAUCUACGAAGACGUGAGUGUCAAAGAAGUAAAAUGCUAAAAUCUCGUGAAUUUUAAGUUGUUGUUUGAUUAUUUAAUAGUUUGAGUUGUGGUUUCCGUUCAUGAUCGUAUAGAGUGUUUUAGAAUGUCGUGACCAGCGUUUAUUGUAGUAAAUGUUAGUGUUUACGUAGGAAAAGUGUUGAACUCAGGUCACAGAACUGGUUUGAUAGCUAAAAUGGCCAACGUGGCGUCAAGUAGAAACUUUCAGCACGUUCCUUUAGAGCUGAGAGAAUAGAUUCUGUGUCUUUUAUCAUUCUCCAAGCCGCAUCGUUUUGUGGUUGCCAUGGAGAGGUUUCCCAUGACAGCAUUUAGUAAAUGAGUAAAAUAAAGAGGGAGGGUUUGGGUAAGAACAAUGCAUGUUGGUUGAGCAGAGCUGACCUUAGCUGUUACACAGUCUUGUAAUCAGCGGCAACAGGAUCGCGUCUUAGAGACAAUCAUCAUUAUUACCAUUAUUUUGAAUUAACAUUAUCAUUAAAAUCGUCAUCAAUGACUCAACAAAAAGCCUCGAGGUUGGUGAUAAUUCAGUAUUCAUUAUCAUCAUAAUCAUCAUCAACACUAACAUCACUACCAACAUCAUCAGCAAUAUCAUCAUCAUCAUCAACACCAACAUCACUACCAACAUCAAUAUCAUCAUCAUCGUCAUCAACACUAACACCACUAUCAAUAUCAUCAUCAUCAUCAUAACAUCAUUAUCAUCAACAUCUUUAUCUUCACGAUCAACAUCACCAACAGUGACCAAACUGAUCAGCUAUAUCCAUUUUCGUCUCCGCCUCGAUGACCGUUCUUAACUUCCAGCUGGUAACUGCAAAGUAUAAAAUUUUAAAUAAGUAAUGAUUUGGAGGUAGCACAUCGCCAAAGUAGUUCUUCGUCUACCUGAUUCCCGGUCGAACUGGAACUGGAAAUGUUGUUUUUUGAGGAGAGGGGAAAACCAGAGUACCCGGAGAAAAACCUCGCGAAGCAAAGGAGAGAACCAACAACAAACUCAACCCACAUAUGGCGUCGACAUCGGGAUUUGAACCCGGGCCUCAUUGGUGGGAGGCGAGCGCUCUCACCACUGCGAGAUCCCUUGAACUAAGAUGUUCAAACUAAGAUGUACCAACUGUAUGAUAUUGUUUUCUUUAAGGGCUGCUCUGAAGCACUGCAGAAGUUUGUUAAAGGAAAGAUGGCCGUGAUUGGAGGAAUAGGAGUCGGGAUCGCCAUUUUACAGGUCAGAAAUAACUUAAGUAAUUGAUAAUGAAAGAAGCAUUACUCCUUAAACGCGAACAAUUAUUUUGGUCAUUUGAGGGGGUCGCUCUAUAUCAAUAACUAUUUUUCCUUUUUGCAGGUUCUGGGCGUGGUUUUUGCCAUUUGCUUGUACCGAUCAAUUGGAUACGAGAAGAUAUAA